UCUCGGGAUAAACAAUCCCCCAGUGACUGCUCCCUGGCUGUUAUUCCAGUAUCAGAAGACUCCUGAGGUCUCCCAUUCCUAUUCAGGUUGAGCUGUGAAACAGAGAGAGCGGCCCAACUUGUAACUGGGGAACUAGGAAGUUUCUGCCAUGCUGGCACUCCUCCCUGUGCUGCCCUGCCUGCUGCUGUUCCUCUCCCUGCUAGGCCCUGGCUCUGCCUCCGAUGAUGGCACUGUGGUGCUCACCAGCAGUGGUCCCGUCCGGGGCAAGCAUCUCUUAGCCGGCUCCAGCACAGUCACCGCCUUCCUGGGCAUCCCCUACGCCAAGCCCCCCAUGGGGCCCUUGCGCUUCAAGAAACCAGUUCCUCACAAGCCUUGGAGGCGUGUCCUGGAGGCCACCAGCUAUGGCAACUCCUGCCCCCAGCAAGUGUUUUCUGGUUACCCUGGCAGUGCCAUGUGGCUGCCUACCACACCGCUCUCAGAGGAUUGCCUCUUCCUCAACCUCUGGGUGCCCCAGCCCCAGCCCCAGGUUCCCGCUCUGGUCCCCAUCCUUGUCUGGAUCCACAGCGGGGGAUUCUUCAUCGGCACAGCCUCCCUUGACGUCUAUGAUGGGCGCUUCCUAGCCGCCACUGAGAGCGUCAUUGUGGCCUCCAUGAACUACCGGCUGGGGGCGCUGGGCUUCCUCUCGCUGCCGCCAGCCGCCCCAGGAAACGCCGGCCUGUGGGACCAGCGCCUGGCACUGCGCUGGCUGCAGAAGAAUGCAGCCGCUUUUGGUGGGGACCCAGCACGGAUGAUGCUAUUUGGCCAGAGCGCUGGUGGUGCCUCGGUCGCCUUCCACCUCCUCUCACCAGGGAGCCGGCACCUCUUUGCCCGGGCUGCGCUGCAGAGCGGAGUCGCCAAUGCACCUUGGGCUUUACUGAGCCCAAAGGAGGCCAGAGAGAGAGCCCGGGCACUCGGCCGACUGAUGGGCUGUGGCAAGGGCAGUGACGGUGCUGUGGUAGACUGUCUGAAGAGGAAAGAUUCGGAGGAGUUUGUCCGACACGAUUUCACCAUCACAAGGAACAAGAGACUGGUUGAUUUCCCCUUCUUGCCCACAGUGGAUGGGGAUUUCCUCCCUGAUGAGCCACAGCGGCUGCUGGAGGCCGGGCACAUCCACGCCAAACCCAUCCUCACCGGCAUCACUGCCAAUGAAGGUUCCAUGUUCCUGAUGUUCGGCGCUCCUGGAUUCAGCCUGGGGAAUGACAGCCUGAUCGGCUGGAAGGAGCUGGUGGAGGGGGUAAGGUUCAUGGUGCCGGGAUUGCCAAAGCUCUCCAUCCAGGCAGCAGCGUUGAGGUACAGCCAAGAGGGGAAGGGUCACGGCCUGGCGCAGCACCGCUGGGCCAUGAACCAAGCUGCCAGUGACUACCUCUUCUUGUGCCCCAUGACUGAGCUGGCUGGGCAGCUGGCGAAUGCUGGGACCCCCACGUACGUCUACUUCUUUGCACACCGCUCUUCCGGCUCACUCUGGCCCCACUGGAUGGGUGCGGUGCACACCACCGAGCUACUCUAUCUCUUUGGGACCCUGGCAUCCGAGGGGGGAGCCAACCACACAUACACGGAGGCCGAGGCGGCACUCAGCCGUAGGGUGAUGCGGUACUGGGCGGAGUUUGCCAGGAGUGGGAAUCCCACAGGGCCAGAUAGGAGCAAGGGGCACUGGCCCCUCUACAACACCACAGAGCAGAACUUCUUUCACAUCAGCAAGAAUGAGUCUCGGGUCAAAGGGCCAUUGCCCACGCAGCACUGCAGCUUCUGGGCACGUCUUGAGAGGAUCUCCGGACCCAAGGGCCAACAGAUCCCCAGGGCCUAGGGGGCGAAUGGAGACCAGAACAAAGAAACUCUCACGUGGGGGGAAUCUCACUGUCCGGCCGGGUGAAGGAAUCUUGCGGCAGGACAGAGGAUGACAGCACCGCCCCUGCAUCUGUC